AUGACAUCGUUAGUUCGAUUCGCUUGUAUUAGUGAUACACAUAAUGAGUAUGACUUUCCGUUGCCCGAUGCUGAUAUUCUUCUUCAUUCUGGUGAUUUUACGCGAAAUGGAACCCAAGGCGAAGUCGAAAUAUUUUUAAAUUGGCUAAAAACUUUAACACAAUAUCGUUUAAAAAUAAUAAUUGUUGGUAAUCAUGAAUCUAAACGAUUUCAUUCUCGUCGACAACGACGCCCUAAAGAAAUCAAUUCCGCUAUUGAACAACUGAAAUCAAACGUGUUAUUACGUGAACAAUUUGGAAUCGUUUAUCUUCAAGAUCAAUCGUUUACAGAUCCACAA